AUGCCUGGAUCGUUUUCGAGGAUUCGCAACAAGGCGAGGCGCCACUUGGGUGAUCCUAGUCCGGAUGAGGCCUAUCUUUCUUUGACGCGAGCCGACUUGGACAGUAUCAAGUCUAAUGACUGGCUUACGGACAAUGCAAUCGCCUUCUGGCAAGAAUACCUCGAGCGCGAAGAGCUCAACGCCUUCCCCAAAGCCUCCAUCGUCCUCCUCCGCCCCUCCAUGUCCUACAUGCUCAUGCAAAGCGCCGAGCCCCUCUCCCUCAAAGAAGUCCUCCCCAACUUCAGCCACACGACCCACGUCUUCCUGCCGAUAAAUGACAACACCGACGUCACACAAGCCGAAGGCGGCUCGCACUGGUCCCUCCUUCUCGUGUCCAUCAUCGACGGCGUGUCCUUCCACUACGACUCCAUGACCCAGUCCAACGAGCGGGAAGCACGGAGUACGACUAUGAAGCUGGAACAACUGUUGGGCAAACGACUGCGGUUUAUCCCUAUGAAUGAUAGUCCGCAGCAAGAGAACGGCAGCGACUGCGGCGUCUUCGUUUGUGUGCUCAUGCGGCAUUUACUGCUUAAGAGGCUGCUUCGGGCCGAUGCGAGCAAGAAGGUUAGCAUGAGCAUGCGGGAUGCACACAUCAACGCGAAGGAUGGACGGAGAACUAUGCUCAAGGUCAUCGAGGAGAGGAGAGAUGAGGGCAAGCGGAGACGCUCAGGAAGCCACUCGCCGUUUAGGAACCCCUCCGCCCACUCCAAGAGCCCGCCACGUAUAGGCGACGAACAGUCACAGGAGCGUUAG